GCCAUCGCUCAACCGGACAAAACUUUCCUCCCGCUGCCGUGCAUUUUGACUCGUGUAGAAACAUACAUAGUAUUUUACUGCGUAAACCUCUCGGAGCGUAUCACGUUGGAGUUGGGGUUGAAAAAAUGAAGUGCUUGUUGGUGUCUUUGAUGCUCGUUUGGUGUGCAGAUGCUCAGCUGAGAGGCCGCAAAGGCUCAGGCGUGCUGUGCACAUUUAAAGACAAGACAUUCAAGCCAGGAGACAGUUGGCAUCCUUUUUUGGAGCCCUUUGGACUCAUUAUGUGCAUGCGCUGCUCCUGCACUGAGAAAGGCCAUGUAAAAUGCAGUAAAAUUAAGUGUCCUCCUUUGUCGUGUGGCAAGCAAGUACUCGACCCACAGCAGUGUUGUCCACGAUGCUCAGACGAGCCCAAGAUCCCAGCUGGUCUAAGAGCUCCUGUGAAGUUGUGCAGAUAUAAUGGAAGUGUCUAUCAACCAGGCGAGACCUUCAUCAAACGUAACUUACCAGCCAAGCCAAGCAACCAGUGUGCCGUGUGCUCGUGCUCUAAUGGAAACAUCUUCUGCGCAUUUAAAACCUGCCAACCAAUCAGUUGCUCCUCCCCGGUCACACUUGCCGACACCUGCUGUUUGGUGUGUAAAGACUCCAGCACGAGUGGCUCAUCAUCAGCAGAGGAUGGAAACCAGCAGCUGAACAGAGGCGUGAGACAUUCAGUGGACCAGUGUUCUGGCGAGCCAGUUAGAACACGGUCUCCCCGAGUCCGGUCUUCUCCCAGACACCUGAGCCUCAAUAAACUUAACCUCAGAGGGGCUUCGGAGACCACUGUGAAGAUUUUGUUGCAGAGGAAACAUCAGAAAGCAUGUUUAUACAACGGCAAGACCUACUCGCAUGGAGACAUGUGGCACCCGGUUUUGGGCAAGGUCCUGGAAUGCAUCGUGUGCUCUUGUAGGGACGGCCUUCAGGCGUGUGAACGCAUCACGUGUCCCAGCCAGUAUGCGUGCCAACAUCCGGUCAAGUCGCCGGGAAAGUGCUGCAAGACGUGCCCAGAACAUAAAGUUGCAAGUAACCAGACUCAGUGUUACUCAGGCUAUAAAAACAAACUUUCCGUUUAUAAAGUGGAAUCAGCUUUGAAAGUCGACUCUCCCAGCACAGUUCGGAUGAUGGCUAUUGAAAGAGCAAAUACUGCUGAGGUGGAGGUGCAAGUGUGGAAGAUCGUAGAUGGUAUUCUACAACUGAUGGAAAUUGGAGAUGUUCAAAGGACAGAUCUUGGGGAUCAUCCAGAAAAUUACACUUUACUGACAACAGUUGAUGAAGAGAUGUGGGGCAAAUUUAAAGAGGGAGUGAGCAAACUGGAUCAAAGCGCCACCAUUUGUGAAGAUGGCAUCCGGGAGAUGAUGACCUUCCUCAAUCCCAAGCAGGUCGAAGGCCUGUGCUCCCCUUAACUCCAUUUUGAAAUUGUGACUGGACACUUUUGGGGUAACGCAUACUUCAACUGCAUGGAAACCAUUUGUUAUUCCCUGAUAAGGACACAAGCGACUUGGUAUGUACAAUUAUUAUUUUUAAUGUACAUAUUUAUUGUAAAUAAGACAUUUUCUCACAUAAUGUAAAGUUUUUGUCGUUAGUAGACUGCUCUUACUGGCCGGCAGGGGGAAACUUCACAGAAAAUGUACUUCUCUUCAAAAAAUUGAAGAUUUUUUUGUUUGUUUGUAAAAAUAAAAAAUCAAUCUGAUCUCUAA